AUUAUUUUCAGAAAUUUUUAUUAAAAUUUGAGCAACAACAAAUUUCUGUACGAUUACUUUCGAAACUAUCAAAUGAAGACUUUAAUAAAUGUGGUGUAGAAACUAUUGGUGCACGUCAAACUCUUCGAGAAUAUGCUGCGAAAUAUAAUAUAAUUUUUACAUCACAUGACAAAUUGUAA